GUCUUAAAGUUACAGAAAUGAAAAGUAAAUGUUCAUUCAUUCAUUAUUAGCUGACGGAUUUAUAUCAGUAGAUAGCAUUUAGAUAAUCAUUUUUAUAGCAGUAAUUAAAAAUGGAAAUAUUUAAUUAUUUAAUACAAAUUGUGAAUGUUUUACUUGCUAUAUUUCUGGUACCGUCAGUGAAUGCAGACAUGGACAAUACACAUGCUGAACAGUUUCAAGCAGUGCCUACAUGUAACAGAAUGGAGAUUCCCGGCUACCCCAGAUUUUACACGGAAAUAUUUGGAUUUUUCUGGGAUACGAUAGAGUGUCCUAUAGAUUUCGUAUUUGACCCCGUUUAUUGCGAAUGUGUCUACUCUUUUAAUGUGGGACCAACAUGGCCACUCAUUGCUGCUCCUCAGUUAGCACAUGCUGUUGUGGAUACUCCGCCAACGCCACCAAAAACAACAACAUCUACGACGACGACGACGAUGACAACAACAACAACAACAACAACAACGACAACAACAGCUCCUUCACCCGUUCCAGUGAUAAUACCACUUCUGGAAGCACCACUACCACAACCAGCAACAACUACGACAACUAAACCUACUACCAAAUUAGAAACACCAGUACCAAUCAAAAGCAUCCAAAAUACGCCUUUUAUCAUAGAAUUUGUAAAAUCAACGCCUUCGCCAAAGCAAACGACAAAAGAACAUAAACGUCGAGGAAUAGUGAAAUUUUUAUUCAGUCUUGACGACAUAUUGCCCAAAACUAACCUUCCACCCACUACAACGCCACCACUCACUACAGCGUCACCACCUACGACAAAGCCCCCACCCACGACAACGCCAGUAAAAUUGAAAAAGACGUCGUUUCUCCAGAAAAAAGAAGUGAUUAUAGAGUCAGGGAUUUUGUCAGCGAAAUCCAUUUGCUCAGGGUGUAGAUUUGAUGGUGGUAUUGGGUACAAGAGUCAUGAGAGAGACUGUGACAAGUACGUCAUGUGUUCUGCAAGUGGUAUCCAGGGAAGUCUAAAGGCGGACGUACGCGCGUGUGGUAUAGGAGAAUACUGGGACCAGGCGAUGUUAACAUGCCGGCUCUCUACAGACGUGCCGUGCUCAACUGAUAGAUGUCGGUCAAGGGGUAACUGGUACACAUAUGAUUACCUGGGAGACUGCAGAGCCUACUGGCGAUGUGAAAACGGUGUAUCAGUAGGCCAUUGUUGUCCAAGAGGACAAAGUUACGUAAACGGAGUCGGAUGUCUUCGGAACCCAUCGUGCGUUACAAACUGCGGACUGCCGCAUAUUGAAAUAGGAUGUAUAAAGAGACCAGUGCCAGGAAACCCCAGGAAGUUCAGACAAACUAUAGAAGGUCAUGGUGAUAUAGAUAUGGACUGCGCUGGUGGAACUGUAUUUAAUCCUGACACCUGUGAUUGUCAAACUGACGAGACGGUCGUUUACACCAGUAAAGAGUGUAAAAAAGAACUAGACAUAUCAUUUUCACCGGAAGUUAAAGAUAUAUCUGGGAAAAAUGUACAUGUAAAUGGUAUCAACGUAACCUACAGCAACGGUGCUGUUUGUUUCAAUGGUGACGGCGCUGUUGUUGUCCCCAGGUUCGCAAACGCUGAAAUUGGGAAGACCCUCGAUAUCCAUUUACGUUUCAAAUCAUCAGAUGCUGUAAUUGGGAACGACCUGCAAGCAGUGGUUUAUAACGGCGACUGUGGAAUGGAUCCUUCUAUAGUAGUUGCAAUAGCCAAGAAUAAACUAGUAUACACGCUUCGUAACAAGAGUAACAGGACUAGGUCAUUGACAGUUAAUUUACCAGUUAAGAUUGAUAAAUGGGUUACGGGGAGAUUUGCUCUACAAAAUGAUAUAAUGUCAAUGACUGUAGAAGGAAGAACUGAGAAAAGGCUUUUCUUUGGCGACAUUGAUAGAAGUAGGUGUGGUUUAAAACUUGGCUGGGGAAAACAGUAUGAGAGUUUUGUAGGCUGCGUCGACAAGAUGUCGGUCUCGUUUUGUUCAGAUAGCUCUACCUGAAGAGAUUAUAGGAUGAAGUCAAGGGAAAUCCGAUUGAAACAACGAGAUUCAAUGUUAGGUCACGUGAUAUCUACUGUGACCAGGGUUAGGGUAUACCGUAAAUGAGGCUGUAAUACUUGCACAUGCCUUAUGAAACAGGAACUUAACAUCCAUUAAAUGUUUAAUCAGAUUUCAAUGCUUUCUACACUAAGUAUAAACUCAAUGUAUAUUGGUCAUCUCUGCAAUUUAAGCCGUGUGAUUAACAUUUGUUUAAAUAUGAAAUAUUUGAACUAAAUUUAAUCAAACAAAGGCUUAUCAGUAACAUUACAUCUAUCAAACCAUAAAACAAUGCUUAGUUCAUAUCCUGCGAUAUAUACCAAGUUCCAUUAAAUGUUUGAUAUUGUAGUCAAAGACUUGCAAAUAUUUCAUAAUAUGUCUUGUAAAGACUAACUAUUUAAUAUUUAAGGACGACUGUUAAGAGUUUUACCAGAAAACUUUACAUUUAUUCAUUUGAGACUGUGAUAUACGUGUGUUACCAGUAUCAAUUUUAACUAUGCGGAAACAGGUGGCAAGCUUAUUCUCAGAUCACAUUUAUACAAUUAUUUCUUCCAGCCAUAAAGGGCAAGGUUUGAAGAAGUAAAAGUAUACGGUUUGGAUUGUUAAUAUUCUACUUUAUAUUCAUUUAAUUAUCUCAUCCGUUAAUAAACAUAACAUGUAAUGUCAUACCUUUCUGUCGACCGAUGGACAUUCGUAGAGGGAACACAGGCAAUGAAACCGAGCCCGAUAUUACUUUGGUUGGUUGAGUUCCAUUCUACCAAAGACCUCUUUACUUAUGUAGUUAACUAUUACAAUAUCAGUGUUGUUAUAUCACUUAGUGUCAUGGAAAACAAUAGAAUUCUGCUUAAUCCUGUACUAAUGGGGCAUGAGGAGAGUUGCUAAUAUUAUUGCCUCUCGUGAACAACCUCGAUAAAACCGAGUCUGCUAUCAAUCUGCUUUGUUGCUUUCUUAGUCCUAUACUUUCGAAUCAUCAUUUUAUAUAUUCCAUUCAAACAAUGCAUCAGGCACUACAGGGUUUGUCAAAUUAAUUGUGCCACCUCCGACGGCCGUAGCGGAUCAUGACAUAAAACCUUACUGAAGUAUUAUAUGUUCAUUCUGGUUGAUUAACAUUACAUUAAUAUUGUCAGUCAGACCGAAUAUAGUUUGCAUACAGACGCUUCCAAGACUGAAUACGGCUUUGCAUUACAUUAAUAUUGUCAGUCAGUCCGAAUAUAGUUUGCAUACAGACGCUUCCAAGACUGAAUACGGUUUCGCAAUAGGUCUGAUAAUCAUCAGAAACAAAUUGUCAACAUGGAUACGGGCAUAACUUGCACUUUACUUCGAUAACAUAACUGAACAGAGAUCAAAGUCUGAAAUUUACACCUGGACUGCACAUGCCCGGUAUACUCAAUAGGAUUUAUUUUCGUAAGGAAAGCUAAGCAUGUAGUUACAUUUUUAUCAACUAAAUAUAAAAUGUUGUAGGGGACAGUUUUCCACAAAAUUUCACUACUACUUUUGCACCAAGUGUAAAAGUAUGUGGAUAAUGAAUAAUUCUGUUUUCUAAUGGGCAGUAUAUGGGUAAACUGUAAUAACCAUGUACAUAUUUUAUUUAUUAUAUACAAAAGACAAACUCAAUACAAAAUUAUAUUAUUUAUUAAAAUAAAGAUUAUUUAUGGCACUAUAAAACCUGCCUUAUGUUUUUUAUUACAAACAUUACAAUUAUCAAUGGAUAAAUAAAAGCUAAAAUGAAAAACAAACGGAUAGAAAAACAAUGGAUAUUCAAAAAAUAUUGCAGUUAUAAUUUAUGCAAAUUGUGGGCAUCGGCAUAAUAUAGCAAAGAGCGUGUACAUAAGUUGCAACGACGAUUCCUACAUUUCCAUUUUUUAAUUCUUUCUUAUUGUUCCUGAAACUGCUUAGUUGUUGACCUGUACAUUUCUUUUUCAAAAUAACUCGAUAAAAAUGCAGGUCAUCGGGUAUGAUUUUACUUGGACUUGCAUCUGGAAAUGUUUUGUGGUUAUUAUGUUGAGCUGAACUUUUUUCCGUUCCAUUAUUUGUGUGAAAAGUGUAAAUUGUAUGUAUAACUUAAAAUAAAAAAAUAUAUAGAUUUUUUCCUUCAAAAUAAUUCCCCACACCCAGUGCAUAGCUUCCUGUUGAAAUAUGUCAAACAUUGACAUGUCUAACUGCAAAAUGUGAGAAAAACUACAAUUCAAUCUUUCUACCUUUCUACCUCAAACUUAAAACCUUAACCACACUGAGAACAAAAUACCAAAACAUUCUGUAGAAAUCGUCGAUAAACCUAUCCUGCUGCAUUUGUUAUAUUAAUAUUUUGACAAACUUUCUAGUUAUUUUUUCCAGUAAACGAACGUUUAUAUUAUAUAAAUUGUUGUAUUGUCAAUUUUUUUUUCACUAACUGUGUCGGGUUUUGCACAUAACAUUUUCAAACAGAUCUGUUCCUUAUGAAUACUA